AUGAAGCCUACUCUUCAGCCACCGACCUCGUCUCUCAUCCGAGCAUGUAGCACUUCAAUUACUCCCCGGCCUUGCACCCUCGCCUCCAGGAUACCUUCCAUAUCCACGCGUAGGUCCUAUGCGUUUACCUCAGCCGGCGCACCCUUGUCCCAGGUCUUCAACCGACGAACCAAGUGGCUGCAGAAGGAGCGCGCCGCUGCCAACGUCGCCGAAAGCCGCACUGCCGACUACCUCAAGGAUGAGGUAGCCACGCGCCUCUGUGAGCGCCUGCUCGACAUCAAGCGCCACUACCCGAAAGUCCUCGACAUUGGCGCAAACUCGUGCAACAUUGCUCGCGCCCUGGUCACCCCCGACCCAGACCCAGACCCCAACAUGCCAGUGGCGGAACCACUCGUCACGAGGGUCGGUCAUCUGACAGCCGCCGACUCAUCAGAAUCCCUUCUCUUCCGGGAUGCAGAGCUCGAUUUCAACAAGCAGAUCAACAUGACGAGAGACGUCUUGAAGGACGAGGAAACACUGCCGUACGACGCCAAUUCAUUCGACCUAGUCCUCAGCUCCGGAAGUCUGCACUGGGUCAACGACCUCGUUGGGUUCUUGUCACAGAUCAACAACGUUUUGAAGCCCGACUGUGCAUUUAUGGGCGCCAUGUUUGGCGGCGACACCUUGUUUGAGCUGCGAACAUCGCUACAGCUCGCUGAACAAGAACGCCGCGGCGGCAUCGGCCCCCACGUGAGUCCACUGGCAGAUGUUCGGGAUGUCGGUGGUCUGCUCCAGCGGGUCAACUUCAAGAUGGUCGGUGUGGACGUUGACGACAUCAUUGUCGAUUACCCCGAUAUCUUUGCGCUUAUGCAAGAUCUCCAGGCCAUGGGUGAGGGCAACGCAGUCCUGGGACGCGAGAUGGGCCCAAUUGGGAGAGAUGUCCUGCUGGCCGCGGAUCCCAUUUAUAGGAGCCUACACGGCAAUGAGGAUGGAACGAUCCCGGCUACCUUCAGGCUGAUCUAUAUGAUUGGCUGGAAAGAAGGUGCAGACCAAGCACAGCCAUUACCUAGGGGCAGCGGACAGAUCAACCUGAAAGAUAUACUGGAGAAUAAAUCAUAA